AUGCGUUGCACAGCUAUCUUCGCCAGCCUUUUCCUCACCGCUUCUGCCUUGGCUCUGCCUCUGGAUCCCACCACGCUUGUCGAUACAGCCCUCGAACCUGUCGAGGACCUUGACCUCGACCUUUCGGGCAUCGUUCCUUCUCCCCCAGUUCGCAAACGACAAGAUCUCUCCAGCGUCACUGAUAUCGCCGGUGACCUUGUUGACGAAGUAGCUACCACCCUGACGGGCAUCCUCCCUACUGUUCUUAGCACUGUCGAAGGCCUCACCACCACCAUCGACGGCCUGCUCGCCGAUGUGGAAUCAGUCGAUUUGGCCAGCACGCUUGACUCGGUCGUAUCAACUCUGGAAGGGGUUGUUGAAGAGGUCAACUCUCUUGUUAGCAGCGUGGACGUCGACAGCACUCUGGACAGCCAGCUGAACAGCGUCAUCGCCGCACUCGAGAGCCUCCUGUCGAGCGUGGAGAGUCUGGCAUCCACUGUGUCUCUCACUAGCACUUUGUCUGAGAUUGAGUCCCUUGUUUCUGGACUGAUUGACACUCUCACUGGGCUUUUGGGAGCUGUCAAGCACUAA